AAUUCUGACCGCAAGGCCACUGCUGCCCACCAAACCAACAGCGCAGAGACCCCUAAUCAUGCGGAUGACAUUUUCGCAGCAGCAACGGGAGAAAAAAAUACCGGCCAUAAUGACGACAGUAAUGUCGCCGCCUCUACAACCGUGGAAAAACGUAAAUAUGCUGUGAAAAAAAUCGCUGCACAUGUUGCCGAUGUGCAACAUCCUGCAGCAGCAGCAACCUCCACCAAAACCACAGUCACCAUCGACACCACCAAGGACGUCGGACAAAUCAGCAACCAGCAGCCGCCAGUGCAAACGCACGUUGAAGGUGCCGGCGACAUUGCUGCCGCACCGCCCACCAUUGUUGUGAGCAGACAACGCUUGCGACAAAAAUCACGCAUUCGACCACAAAUUCAGCAUAAACGCGAACGGCAGCAACAGCGGCAACGCGAGCGUGAGCGUUUGGUACAGACACAGCGUGUUUAUUGGACCGAAAGCGCAGCUACCACUACAGAUGAUGAUGAUUCGUCGGCAGGAAGUUUAGCUGUCAAAAAACAGCACUACAACCAGUAUGCCGCUCAAGUUGCUGCCAGUGCCAAUGCCAAUGCCAAUUCCAAUGCCAAUGUCAACACAAACUCCAAUGCAGGUGUCAACAUCGCUCAUUCUAAGCAUCUGUCUAAGCGUGUAGAAAAUCAAAACUUUGGUUAUUCCGCUCCAUCACCAAUCCCCGACAUGAACCUGAAUAUUGGACCAGAUGUGGUGACGAGCGCCUUGCAAAUACCAAUCGGAAUUUUGCGAUCACUUCAAGAAACCUUGGGUAACUUGGGCGCUUCAAAACAAGCUUCCGUUUCACUGAAUCACUAAGCGCCGAUGGAGUAUGUAUGUAUGUACAUAAUUUUGUGCGUGCAAACGGCGAUUAUGCAUUCGAUAAUAUAUGUAUUUAAUGAUGUAUACAAAAUAAAAUAAAUAAUACGAUUAUCAAUAAAUUUUUUUAAAGA